CAUCUCUCGACUCACCACGAUAACUACGCGACCUUCCCUUCCCUCAUCCUAUUGAGAGCAUUUUUACAACGUUGCAAUGAUAUGAUACCGCGUUUUCCAUUGUUCUACAGUCCUGACCCGAUCUUAUUGGGUACUACUUACUGUUGAGUCAGUAUCAUCGGUUGCAAGAGUAAGUGGUACACGGCUUUGGAAGUCACGGCCCAAUCAUGUACAGUUGUACAUAUCGGGGCCUUUCCAAUCUGGAUUAUUUGCUGUGCGAUUGGUCCGCAGAACUACAUGGUACUACUACAUACCUUGCUGGCUCUUUAGUAGCAUCAGCCCUGGGCAGUCCAUAAUUCAUUGCUCGAUACUAUCAUUAUUGGUUUGUCUAGCAGCAGUUAUUAGGGGCGUGGGAUCACCUAGUGGUUGUCAUGUUUCGCUGCGCAUGAGAUGCGCUAAAAUUGUUGUAUUUUGCUCUCGCUCUAUCCACUUUACAGUGUACAGAGCACUCCUAUAUAUACUAUAGAAAUCGGAGAGAACACCGAGUCUUGCACGGUGUACACAAUGCUAUGGAGUCUUCUAGAGUGUGGCAAACCUCGUCGUCGACGUCGUUGUCGAGCGUUGUUCAGGGUCGACAGCGAGGUUCAGGAAGUGCAGCUGACGUAAGUGUUCCUUGGCAGUGGGGCAUCGGAGCCGACUGUGUACAACACUAAUCAAAGGGAAAUCGGACAUCGGAAAAAGUGUUGAGCCGAAUGUAUCGAUCCACGUCCUCCAUUGACCCUUCACCAACUUCAACAAUCCCGACAUUCUUCUGAUGCGAGAGGACAUUGUCCAGCCUACCAUGAGCUUGGCUGACGAUCCUUACGUGCAGAGUGAUGCAAGUGAUGAGAGUGACGAUCAGCAUCAUGGGGAUGCGGCGGCCUCCGGUGCACGCAGAAUCAGAUCUAGCAGAGCCUGUGUAGCCUGCCGCCGAAUGAAGACUCGCUGCGAGAUUGACGAGGCUUUGGGUGAUGCAUGCAAGCUCUGCAUCAGAGCUCGUCGGCCGUGCAUCAUGCAGACCGUUACACGUCGAAGAAGGCCGAAAACCACGGAUAGGGUUGCCGACCUCGAAAAAAAGAUCGACGCCCUUACAGCGCUGCUGGCCAGUAGUCAGGCAGCCACUUCUGGUGGACAGGCAUCCGGGGCAUCGGGGGCCACAGAGGUCGCAGAACCGUCACAAAACCAUGAAUCUGAUCCGGAUCAGACGCUAAACCCCAUGGAUGGGCUCAUUGUCAAUGCCCUCAAUCAGGGCCUUCUGGACUGGGAUACCGCUUGCAGAGCUUUCAGUCGCUAUCAACAUGAGAUGUGCCAGUUCUUUCCAUUUGUGGUGUUUCCACCCAGCUCGAAUGCGGACUAUGUCAGGAAUCAACAGCCCUUCCUCUUCUUUACCAUCGUCACAUUGGCCUUGUUUUCGACGCAUUCGAGUACUGCUGCUGAUCUUGUCAACAUGCUCACCAAAGACCUAGCAUUGCGGAUUGUCCACAGAGGGGAAAGGUCGCUUGAACUAGUUCAAGCCCUGCUCUUAUAUACUACGUAUUAUGCCAAACCAAAGCCUACCCGGGAAUUAAACUUCAACCAGAUCGUCCACAUGGCUAGUACGAUGGCGCUGGAUAUUGGCCUAGGAAGGCGGUCCCACAAGACUUCGCGGACCGGGCAGGCCAGUCGUAACGAAUUGGAAUCACUUGCAGGCAGACGAGCUUGGCUGGGAUGUUACUAUUUGGCAACAAGUGCCUCUACGUCUCUCCGCCACCCUUCUUUCGUGCGUUGGUCUGCUUAUAUUGAAGAAUGCCUAGACGUGCUAGCGUCUGAGCCGCAAGCCUUGCCUAGCGAUACUUGGCUAUGCGAUCUCGUUCGCCUUCAGCACAUCGUCGAGGAUGCCGCGGUCAUGUUUUCCAUGGAUGAUCCGGGCUCCACUGUCACACUCAACGACCCAAAAACUCGGUAUCAGAUGGGAGUAUUUCGCCAGCAACUCGAGCAUUGGCGACGGUCUUGUAAAACCAGCCGUUUACUACCAUACGUGCGCCAUAUAGAAGCAAGUGCCACUCUGUACGUCCAUGAAAUAGCCCUGCAUUCAGAACACAACAUAGACGAGUUCCGUCCACCAUUGCGCCCUAUGGGAGCAGGCCCGACGAGAGAGAAUCUGAUCCCUUCCAUGACGGCUCUGCAGGUUCUUCCCGCAAGAAUCGAAUCACUUUUCGCUUGCCUGUCAGCAAUUCAUGGCUGCUUCGAUGCCUUGCUUUCCAUGAAUCUCACGACAUUGUGUGCUUUGCCGAACAUGUUCUUUGUCCGUACCGGUUAUGCGGCUUGGGCCUUGCGAAAGCUUCUCAACGUCUGCGAAAGCCAACCAUUUGCUGAAGGACAAUUUACCAUCAAUACCGAGGACUUGAAGUUUGAAGAGUAUCUGAGUGCUCUCAUCGAAACCCUGGCACGAGUAUGUGAGCAAAACAACUCACAUGUGGUGCGAGCAUUUUACGUUGUGAUGACACAGAUCAAGGCCCAGGCGUCGAAAUCUUCGGACGCGACUAAUAGGGCUGAUAUCAGUACCCGUGAUGUUCAGCAAAUUUUGCAAACAGGGUGCGUGGAUGGAUCUCAAUCAGGAUCGGCUCCGACCAAAGUCUCGGAUUCAGCCAGCCAGCGGUCGUGUCCGGCGGAGAAUACGAACUUUCGAGCUUCGAAUAAUGAACCAAUUAUCUCGCCACAACAGCUGCAACUAGACGCGUAUUUGCAGUCUGACCAACAGCUGGGGGUGCCAUCGCUGGUACAAGCGAAUAUGGAUGACUCAGCAAUGACAGGUAUCGAGGCUCUACAAUGGUUCGACCAAGAUUUUGCAUUUGAUGACCUCCAACCGUAUCGGUUCUAGGCUAGUGGAAAAGAGAGGUCAGCAAACACAGCCUCGGAAAACUCUGAUGACGAGUGGAAUACUGUCGACGCCUACAACAAUAUCCAUAAGAGACAUAACCAGAUCAAUCUUACGCUGCUCAUCAGGGCCCGUCCGAAACUUGAAGGGGUUCCAUCAAGGGGGCAGUCCCAAAUCAAAGACCAGACCGCUCAGGCAAAUGCAGCCCUUCGUGAAACAUCGCACAGGGCUACGAACCACAAGCUCCAAGUGGUUGUUCUAUGCAAGAUAGCCCACUGGUCAAUCCCAUGUAAGACAGAUUCCGACAACAUUGCGAGCGCUCCAUCCUCAAACCAGGAAACCAGAUUCUUGGCUUACUUUGGGAGAACCUGGAUGAGAUGGGAUGUACAGAAUGCGGCUUGCACUGGAAGAACAGAAAGCCACGCACCAUCUGCAUGACCGACCGGGUUGGAGCGGGUGCCGUGGCAGGACAGUGGAAGAUGACUUCUUUCCUUCCUCGAAGUUUACGCCACCAGCGGUGGCGGUGUGUUGAUGUUGUUCGUGACGAGAACCACUUCCCCUUCCUCAAAUCGAGUUCGACAUCGAUCCCGACGAGCAUGAAAGAAGAAGCCUGGCGAGCAGGAAUGGACAUCAAGAAAUGGAAAUGCAAAAUAAAGGUGAAGACGCCACUCUGUCAUGCAUUCGAAAGCAAUCCGUUCCGAAAGAGAACUUUUCCCAAUCCUUGUCGUAUCACUUCAGGUUUCGACCCAAACCGGAGUCGGACGAAGCAGAUCUCUGGCAGUACUAGUAGGAUAUUGGCGUGGCCACCCUUUUUUGGUGACAACUGCGGGAACCAUGCCAGGCAAGUAUGUAGUAGGUAGCUGUACAUUGUAUGCAGUUUCCACUGAGUGGCAACCUGGGUGAUUCUACAACCGACCCCGGUACCUCGAUACGGGUACUAUAGUACCGGAGUUGAUAAUUUAAUUUGCCACUCCCUGAUAUAGCUCGAGGCUCUGCAUUGCUGCACACAAGUGUGAUUAUUGCUCCUACUCCACUGC